AUGCGCGCACACACACUCCCAAGCAUAAUCCGUUCCCUCCGCUCGACAGGCAGGGCCUAUGCGCUCACUUGGACCGAAGCAGAUGCCCCGAGGGUGCCGCACCCGUUUUGGGACUCGGACGUGUACAAGACUCUUGAGGCGUGUUGUUAUGCUCUGAUGAAAGAGGAAGACGCCUUCCUGCGCGAAUUCAUAGAUGAAAGCGUGGGGAUCAUCAACCGCGCACAGCACGCAGAUGGGUACAUCAAUUCCCACUACACGGUGCUCGGGCUCUCCCAGCGGUUCACGAACCUGAGGGACAAACACGAGCUGUACCAACUUGGCCAUUUAUGCGAAGCGAGCGCCGCCCACCACCAGCUGACCGGUAGUUGGGCCCUCCUCACCCCGGCGCUCAAGUACGUCUCCCUCGUUGCGGGGUUGUUUGGGAUUGGGGAAGGGCAGAAACGCGGGUAUCCGGGACAUGAGGAAGUGGAGAUUGGCCUGAUGAGGCUGUAUGAGCUCACGGGCCGGGCGGAGUGCUUAAAGCUAGCUGGAUACUUCAUCCUCGAGCGUGGGAGGCGGGACGUGAACGGGGAGACGUUCUACGACCACGAAGCACGUGCGAGGGGUGCAGAUCCGUACGAUCCAUGGGGAGCGGAGUAUAGGCAUUUUUACGCUUUUCCGAGGGAUUAUGCGUAUCAGCAGGCGCAUGUGCCUCUCCUUGAGCAGGAAGAGAUCGUGGGACAUUCGGUACGGGCGAUGUACUACCUCAUCGCUGCGUGCGACUACGCCCUCCACUCGGGGGACACAGCCGUCCUACACGCCGUUGAGCGGCUCUACACCUCCACGACCCGAAGGACGAUGUACCUCACCUGCGGGCUCGGGAGCGUCGAUCGAAGCGAGGGGUUCGCACCGCCCUACUGGCUGCCGGAUCAGGAAGAAGGCGGAUGUUAUUCGGAGACGUGUGCGAGUUUUGCACUUGCAAUGUUGAGCCAGCGGAUGUUGAGACAUCGGUUGAACGGGGAGUGGGGGGAUGUACUGGAGGGUGCGGUGUAUAAUGCUGUUUUGGGGAGUGUGUCUGCCGAGGCCCUUGGGGGGAAGAGCAGCGCAGCCAGAGCGCAAGAUGCCGCCCAAUCAGAGUCGACCGACCCUCAAGACAAAGAAGAAAGAUCAGGCAUAGCAUUCUACUACCAAAACCCGCUUACGACUUUCUCUGGCCACACCAAGGCCCGAAGCGAAUGGUUCGACGUCGCCUGCUGCCCUCCAAACGUAGCAAAGCUGUUCGGUCUCCUUCCCGAGCUAGCGUUUUCCUAUUCCCAGGAGGAGAGUGUGCUAGGAGUACACUUCUUCGUUAGCGCAGAAUGGGAGUUUGAGAUUCCUGGUGCGGGGAAAGUGAGGAUAGAGCAGGAGACAGACCUCCCUUGGUCGGGUAGCGUCCGGCUCACACUCACCUCCCCGCUCCCUAUCUCACUCGCCGUCCGCAUCCCUGGCUGGUGCCCGCACCCCUCCCUCCCCCCCGGGGGGACACUCAACUCCGGCUACUUCUACCUCCCAGCCCGCGCCUGGACCAGCCAAGCAGAAACACUUUCCCUCCCUUGGCUCGGAAGGUGCUUCCCCACCCUAGGACUGGGAAGCUGGAAAUAG